GUUCUUGUACAGGGCAAUCAUAAACUUUUCUACUGCCGCACUGUGCUAGACUUGCUGGCCCCAGACAGCUGAUACAUAGGGGCGCUGCGGACUUUGUUCCUUGAUUGCCGACACAAUGCUCCGCAACGCUGCUAGGCGGCUGCUGGCCGCGGGCCAGCGCAGCGUCAGCACUUCGGCGAUGCGCAUGGAGGAGGCUGCGCUGCCUGCUGGUCCCAAGGAGUUCGCGGACGCCUGGGCCAAGAAGGCGCCCUCAACAAUGGCGGUGCCCGAGCUGCCCAGCAACUUCACGAACGUCAGCACGGAGAACCAGACUCAGGGCGACCUGUUUCCUGUUAACUUCUACACGCCCCACAGCGUGAUGGCCGAUGGCACUAAGAAGGAUAGCGUGACUCUGCCUGGCAUUGAUGGCUACUUCGGCAUUAAGGCCAACCACGUUCCCAUUAUCGCCCAGCUGCGGCCUGGUAUUGUUGAGCUUGCCAGCGGUGCUGAGACUGAGAAGUUCUUCAUCAGCGGUGGCUUCGCUUUCGUUCACCCGAAUGGCGUUGCUGACAUCUGCGCGCUGGAGGCCGGCACGCUAGACCAGUUCGACCCCGCUCAGGUCAAGGCCGCUCUGGCAGCUGCCAACUCUGCUCAGGGCCAGGGCGAUGAGUACGACCAGGCGGCCAACCGGGCUGCCCUGGAGCUCUACGGUGCUCUGGACUCCGCUCUGGAGAACAAGGCGUAAAUCCAGCACCUCAACUCGGCAUGACCUGUGAGCGUGCGGGCGAGUGCAGCAAGGUUUACGGAAUGGGAAAUGCCAUCUGAGGGCUGUGUGGGCGGGAUGCCCUGGGUUUUUCCAGGGGUGAGCGGCGGUUGACAGGGACAAUGUCACAUCGCUUCGCUAUCCAUAACUCGCAUCGGCUUUGUAGGUGGGCAUUUGGACGCUUAGGACACCGGGUGUUGUGUUUGUAGAUGGACACAGGGCGGCGUGCGGGCGAUGCCGGGUAUUGAGCAUCGUGCAGGGUAGGACCAGCUCUAGGAAUCCCCUAGGAGGGUUUCCGUCGCAUGUUGUGAGGUCGGAGCCUGGAUUCGUUGAGGUCAUUCGGGCUGGGAAUGGUUGCUGGUAGAUCUUCUCCAUUGUAGCAGCAUACCCUACAGUGUGGAUACUGCGAAGGGAAGGGUGGGCGGUGUGUUGCACGCCGUACGUGCCAAACUCGAACUGCUGUAUGCAAUGUUUUUGUAAGGUUUACCCGUCUUGC